UCGGAUACGCAGCUUUGCACCCGCUCUACACUUCCGCAUGCUCCAGCAAAUCCUCGCUGACGCAGUACCUACACGGAGACAGCGCGUAUCGUCUGCGAUAACAAUGGCUGCGAGCGUCUGCAGUGCACGUACGGGACCGGCCUGUGCAAUGCGCAGACAUCUGAAUAGAUGACGGAUAUGAUAACCGAACAAUCGUGGAAAUCGUGGUUAAACGACGAUUCGCGGAGAGGCUCACGUACGCGAUAUACGCGAAACGCAAUCAUUAAAACGAAGGAACGAAAAGAGAGAGUUAAGUUGAAGUUUAAAGUUUGAAGACAUUAGUUUGGCAUCGAUAGCAGGAGCUACGAUCAUUAGCCUAGCGACGCCCGGGUUCAAUACGAUAAAAUGGAGUUACUCGUCGUGAAGUUGGCCGUGGCGUCGAUCCUGUUCGUCGUCACGUUAGUGAGCGGACUGCUGCCGUGGAAGCUGCUGCAGUACGUGUCGUCGCUAAGCAGCGAUAGGUUCGUCUGCGUGAUGAACUGCUUCGCCGGCGGCAUCUUCAUGGGUACGAGCAUUCUGCACAUGCUUCCCGAGGUGCGGGAGAAGCUGGCGGCUGCGGCGGCGGCGGAAGAAGACGCGACGACGGGAGGCGGAGCGGAGGGAGCGACGGACGAGUACCCGCUCGCCGAGUGCAUCAUGUGCCUCGGCUUCUUUCUCGUCUUCAUCGUGGAAGAGGUCGCCGUGACGUACAGUCGACGCAAGCACGGCGUCUCCGUCGUCGACAAGAUCCGCAUCGUCUACCCCGUCGUCGGCGCCGACGAAACCUCGUUCGGCGUCGGCACCGAGCCGGUGGCGUCGAAGGACGCGGCCGAGUACGGCUCGGUGAACGCCGACGUGUGCGGUCGCCGCGAGCGGGCGCUGCAGUCGGCGUCUUCGCCGCGCGAGAGUCUGACGCGCGUUCGUCUGCUGACGCUGCUCGCGUCGCUGUCGUUGCACGUCGCCUUCGAAGGUCUGACGCUGGGCUUGCUCGACACGGCGACGGGCAUACUGGCGCUGUUCGCCGGCGUCGUCAUACACAAGUCGAUUAUGGUGUUCAGCAUCGGAAUGCAAAUGGCGGCGGCGAAGUGUCGCAUACACGAGACGGUGGCGUUCGUCACCAUGUUCGGACUGAUGUCGUUCGCCGGCACGUUCGCCGGCGUCGUGCUGACGGAGACGUCGUCGCAUCUCGACCUGACGACGGUCGCGUCGCUGGAGGGCAUCGCGACGGGAACGUUCUUGUACGUGACAUUCUUCGAGGUGAUACAGCGCGAGAUCGUAAAGCCGUCGCUCGGCCUGCUCAAGAUAGCGACCGUCAUGGUCGGCUUCUCGGUUAUAGCAACGCUGUCCGCGUUCGAGUGGUAUCGGUAAACAUAUAGUGCAGCUGGUGAAUAUAAUGCUUAGGUGGUGUGUGUGUGUGUGUGUGUGUGUGUGUGUGUGUGUGUGUGUGUGUGUGUGUGU